AUGGGGUCGUGGAAUUCGAUUCAUCUGAAGGUAUUAUACAAUGUUUUGGGAUGGACUGCAUUUGUCUCAUGGUCCAUCAGUUUCUACCCGCAAGCGAUUCUGAAUUUCCGAAGGAAAAGUGUGGUGGGGUUGAACUUUGAUUUUGUGCUCCUGAAUUUGACGAAGCACUCGUCGUAUCUCAUCUACAACGCUUCCCUCUACUUUAGCUCCACCGUGCAGAGGCAGUACCGCCAAAAAUUUGGCCUCAAUGAGAUGAUACCUGUGGCUGCCAAUGAUGUAGCUUUCUCCAUUCAUGCUGUUCUCUUGACUGCUUUCACCUUGUUCCAAGUUGUAAUUUAUGAUCGUGGAAAUCAGAAGGUUUCAAAAAUUUGUAUUGCAAUUGUUUCCGUGGCCUGGUUAUCAGCUGCCAUUUGUGUUUUCAUAGCUCUGCCCAGGCACUCUUGGUUAUGGCUGGUAAACUGCUUCAGCACAAUUCAAGUUGUUAUGACAAUCAUCAAAUAUAUUCCUCAGGCUAUUUUGAACUUUCGACGAAAAAGUACAGUUGGAUUUAGCAUCGGAAAUAUUUUGCUUGAUUUCCUUGGAGGAGUAACAAAUUAUUGUCAAAUGGCAGUGCAAUCCAUAGAUCAAAAUUCCUGGGUGAACUUCUACGGAAACAUAGGCAAGACCAUGAUAUCUUUGGUGUCUAUCUUCUUCGACAUUCUCUUUAUGGUCCAGCAUUACAUACUUUAUCCUUCCAAGAAGGCUACUUCUCCAAAACCCAAUGUGGUAUCUGUCGAGCAAACCGAAGGACAUUGA